CAACUGCAUUUCUUCUUCAUUGAACAAAGUGGUGACUCAAUUUCGGUACAAGAUACAAAGCCAGUGGUGAGAACAUUCUCUUUAUCAACCUUGCACACCAGGUGUUCGAUGAUUUGUCUCUGUGAAAAUUCCGUUUGAUUUUUCACUUACGUUUUUAGAAUUGGUCUCUUUUCCUUCAAUGGCUUUGAUGGUUUUAAGGAGAAAGUGUAUCCGUAUGCCGGAUAUCACCUCUGUUUUUCGACCUGCACGGAAUUGUUUCUCCUCGAGAUUUUCCAACAGUGAAAGUGGAAAGGAUACAGUGGCUGGUUUGAGUGGUUGUGGUAUAGAAACUGUGGAUGAUGAUGCUUGGCAUGUCUCAUCAUCUUUAUCUCAAGCUUGGAGACAGUUCCAAGCAGACACUGCAAAAAACUCUCCCGUUACAAUACAAGGAGUAAGAGAAACAAUGCUCGAUGAUGAAGAUCCUGAUCAUGAUGAAAUCGAUAAUAUGAGAAUUCGCGGUGAUCUUUUCUACAAGCUUGAUCGAGGUUCAAAAGAAUUCGAGGAAUACAACUACGACUUCCACCGCAAGAAUCAACACAAGAACGUUAAGAGAGAGCAAAACCAAGAAGAAGAAACAACGAUGAAGAAGAAUAAUAAGAAGGAAGUUCGUGAGGAAUACAAGAAGAGAAACGAGCCGACGAUUAACUCAUUUACCGGUGAAACAGAUCAUCCUAAUGCAGCUGUGAGGAAGAGAGAAAGAACGUUUACGUUUAACCAACUCACGGCGCCUUUUCACUACCCGUUUUGCUUAGACAUAUACAUCUCGAAGGAGUCUGUUCGAGCAUGUGUGAUUCACAGGGUGACUAGUAAAGUUGUCACUGUAGCUCAUUCCAUUUCGAAAGACAUGAAAUUCGAUCUUGGUUCCACUAGAAACGCUGCAGCUUGCGCUGCGGUUGGGGCAGUCCUUGCUCAAAGAUGUUUGGAGGAUGAUAUACAUGACGUUAUAUACACUCCUAGGAAAGGAGAUAAAAUCGAAGGUAAGCUUCAGGUUGUGCUUCAAGCUCUUAUUGAUAAUGGUGUUUAUGUUAAAGUGAAGCUAAAGCAAAGGAAACUCAAGAAGAAGACUAGUCAUCUAAUGAUGGCCUAGAGGACUGGAAUUUUCUAUUUUGUUUGUUUGGUGAAUCUUUGUUUGGGACUUGGGGUUUUCAAUACAAGUAAAAAGAUUUCACAUUUGUGCUUCCGGUUUUUGAAUUGUUUGAGACAAAGGAAUUUAUGUUUAUUUCUUCCAGUGAAAUUUUUGUUGUAUAUUUGUGGUGAAAAUUUCCCUUUUUGCUCCAUUUUCAUUAAUACUUGAAAUCCCAAAUAAAUUUGUCUGCAUGAAA